AUCAGGAUGGACAGCAGCUUCAAGGACUGGAGGAGGCUGAUAUCAAGUUCACAUUGACUCCUGUCGCUGUGAAGAGUGAAGAAGAUGAAGAGAAACUUAAAUCAUCAAAGCUUCAUCCGAGUGAGACGAAGGAGAACAGAGCAGACUCUCGAGGACCAGAACCAGCCAGGGACUCAGGUCCUGAUGGAAGUUUACAACCAGGUCCUGAGGACAAGACUGAAGACUCUUCUGAGACUGAAGUCAGUGAGGAUGAUUGGAUGGAGACCAGGGAAACUCAGGCUGGUUUAAAUACAAGAAAUAACAAACAGCAUCUAAAUGAUAUGGGAUGUAAGACAGAAAAAACAAAGUUUAGUUGCUCUGAGUGUGGUAAAAGAUUUAACCAUAGGUGCAGUCUAAAUAGACAUAAGAGGAUUCAUACAGGAGAGAAACCGCUUAGUUGCUCUGAGUGUGGUAAAAGAUUUACCGAAAGAGGUGGUCUAAAAAGACAUAUGAGGAUUCAUACAGGAGAGAAACCGCUUAGUUGCUCUGAGUGUGGUAAAAGAUUUAACCAAAGGAGCAGUCUAAAUAGACGUAUGAAGAUUCAUACAGGGGAGAAACUAUUUAGUUGUGCUGAGUGUGGUAAAACAUUUAACCAAAGGUCACAUCUAAAUAAACAUGUGAGGAUUCAUACAGGAGAGAAACCGCUUAGUUGCUCUGAGUGUGGUAAAGGAUUUACCAAAAGGGAUGAUCUAAAAAAACAUAUGAAGAUUCAUACAGGAGAGAAACCGUUUAGUUGCGCUGAGUGUGGUAAAAGAUUUAUCCACAGGUCAAAUCUAAAUGCACAUAUGAGGAUUCAUACAGGUGACAGACCGUUUAGUUGCUCUGAGUGUGGUAAAACAUUUAACCACAGAUCACAUCUAAAUACACAUAUGAGGAUUCAUACAGGAGAGAAACCGUUUAGUUGCUCUGAGUGUGGUAAAAGAUUUAAGCGAAGGAGCAGUCUAAAUACACAUAUGAGGAUUCAUACAGGUGAGAAACCGUUUAGUUGCUCUGAGUGUGGUAAAGGAUUUAUCCAAAGGUCAACUCUAAAUACACACAUGAGAAUUCAUACAGAUGAGAAACAGUUUAGUUGCUCUGAGUGUGGUAAAAGAUUUAAGCGAAGGAGCGAUCUAAAUAGACAUGUGAGGAUUCAUACAGGAGAGAAACUAUUUAGUUGUGCUGAGUGUGGUAAAACAUUUAACCAAAGUUCACAUCUAAAUGAACAUGUGAGGAUUCAUACAGGAGAGAAACCGCUUAGUUGCUCUGAGUGUGGUAAAGGAUUUACCAAAAGGGAUGAUCUAAAAAAACAUAUGAAGAUUCAUACAGGAGAGAAACCGUUUAGUUGCGCUGAGUGUGGUAAAAGAUUUAUCCACAGGUCAAAUCUAAAUGCACAUAUGAGGAUUCAUACAGGUGACAGACCGUUUAGUUGCUCUGAGUGUGGUAAAACAUUUAACCACAGAUCACAUCUAAAUACACAUAUGAGGAUUCAUACAGGAGAGAAACCGUUUAGUUGCUCUGAGUGUGGUAAAAGAUUUAAGCGAAGGAGCAGUCUAAAUACACAUAUGAGGAUUCAUACAGGUGAGAAACCGUUUAGUUGCACUGAGUGUGGUAAAAGAUUUAUCCACAGGUCAAAUCUAAAUACACACAUGAGAAUUCAUACAGAUGAGAAACAGUUUAGUUGCUCUGAGUGUGGUAAAAGAUUUAAGCGAAGGAGCGAUCUAAAUAGACAUGUGAGGAUUCAUACAAGAGAGAAACAGUUUAGUUCCUCUGAGUGUGGUUAAAGAGUUAAAGGAGACAUAUUAUGCCCAUUUUACAACAGUUGAUAUGGUUCAUUGGGGUCUUUAUGAAAUGUCUGUAACAUAUUUUGGUCAAAAUACCACAAGGAUCACUUAAAACAGAACCCUUUUUACCCGGUCUAAAACAGCUUUCCUCAGAUUGACCUGUUUUUGAGUGCCUCACCCCUCCUCCCUCCUUCACGAGAAACAAGCGCCCAGAUUUUUAGCUAUCCAUUACCUCUGUAGAAAUAUGGCUACUGGGGACGACGAUACAAUCUUGCAACCAUAUCGUUUUGAACCAGAGUCAGGUGGGCCAAAGCCUGGUUCUGGGAGAGACGGGCUCGCGAGCUGACCGGCGGGUCCGCGAGCAGACCGGGCCGUUGGAGCCGAGCCGUGAAGCGUGACUAUGACGUGUGUUCUGGUCGUAAUCCCAUUCUACGCCAUCUAGUGUAUCGUUUUUGACAUAGAGGAACCACAACAAAUCGCAGGAGUUGUUUUUUUUCUAGAGUUUUUGAGACGGUAGACAUGCUAGAGACCCAAAUUAACGUGUAGAAGCACUAUAAAAGUGGAAUUUUCAUAAUAUUUCCCCUUUUAAGAUUCAGUCCUAUGGUACGAGACACGUGAGGAUUAAUAAAGGAGAGAAGUGAUUUAGUUGCAACUUUGGAAACAAAAGAUUUAUUAGGAUAUAUCAGCAGAUAGUCAUAUUAUACAUAUUCAUAGUUCACUGUUUUAAGUAGACUAUUAACAGUUUUAUGUCCCCAGAAAAUAUAACUCAUUGAAUAACACGAAAGAUUUGUGUUUAAAUAUCUUGUUUCCAUUGAUUUCUACAUAAUUUAUCUAUUUUUCAUGUCAUUUUAGGGUUAAAGUUUGUUUCUUGAACCGUAUGAAUGUGUGUUCCUAACUAGUUCAUAUGAUUAAAUAUGUUUGUUUUAAAACAAUGGUUUCUUGGUUCGUGAGAUUCAAUGACAGUGUGUGUUCUCCUUUAUGUAUUGAAUGUGUUUCCAAGAAUAAAAGUCUAAUAAAAAGUGCAGUCCUAGAAAAGCUCUGCAGUCCUUGAAAUUGUAGAAAUUGUAAUUUGAAUGUUUAAUUGUUGUUUCCAAUCCAAUUUGAAGUUGAUCUGAUGUAAGC